AUGGUCUAUUCGCCCGUCGUCGCUUUAGGUUUUCUGGGCGCCCUGCAGGGCAGGAGCGAGGUCUAUUCACGACAGACGAACGCGACGGGCUGUGCGACGGGCGUGCACAUGAUUGUGGCCCGGGCCAGCACCGAGCAGCCGGGCACGGGAGUCAUUGGUGCCAUCGCGAAUAGCAUCCAGUCGCAGAUUCCGGGAUCCGAUAUUGUCCCGGUCGACUAUCCUGCGCUGCUCAACCCCUACCAGCCGUCGCAGAAGGCUGGCGUCACGGCGAUGACGAAGCUGGUCCAGGACUACGCCAAGGCAUGCCCCCAGACGAAAAUGGUUCUCAUGGGAUACUCGCAAGGAGCGCAUGUCACUGCCGAUGUCCUUUGCGGCACAAGCGAGACCGGGUUCGCAUCAACAGAGCCCCAGGCUACUGACGUUACGGAUAAAAUUGCCGCCGUCGUCCUCAUGGGCGACCCAAGCCACGUGACCGGGCAGCCCUUCGAUCAGGGAACGAGCCAGAAGAACGGCAUCUUUCCAAGAACCAAGACUGCCGGGUGCGACGCCGUCUCGAGCAAAAUGGCCUCCUUCUGCAACAGCGGCGACCCGUUCUGCGACAGCGGGGCCAACAUCCAGGUUCACCUGAGUUACGUCCAGUCGGAUGGGGACGCAGCCACAAAGUUCAUCAUGUCCAAGGUCGGCGGCGGCGCUGCGGCAUGA